UACAUAUCUAUAAAGACAUAGCGAGUAAACCCUUGGGUAACCGUCUCCUCCCGUAGCAGUCCACUAUUUUCUUCUCUUCUCCGAAAGUUUUCCCCACUUCUCCAGGCGUCAAACGAAACACUCAGCCUUAACGUACGGUUGUUCUCUUCUCACAUUAGGUAAGCUUUAUAUCUCUUACUCCAGCCGUGUUUCUCCCUAUAAAUCUUUUGAUUUAAGAUGUUCCUGGUAUGAAACUUCUAGUUUUGCAGGCUUUUUCUUCAUAAAAAAAUAGAACUGUAUCAAUUUAAGUUGUAGGAUUGUUUUGCAAUUAAUAAUAUAAAAAAGAAAAUCAUUCUAACGAGCAAGGCCGCUGUUAUAUCACUCGGAUAUGGGGAGGUUUAAUUUCAAUUCUUAAGCAGUAGUUUGUGAUAGAAAUUAGCAAAUUACUUAUUACUUCACAUAUAUAAAGCCCUUUAGUAUCAGCCCCAACUAUUGCUAUUUCCAUCCAAAGUUUUCUUACGAUUUCGCUCUUUUACAAACGGAUGGUGAUAAAUUUUUGUAUUCCAAGUGAGAUAGCUACUAUAAUUGUUAGCCACUUUCCGAAUUGUUUUCUGAUGCGGUUAUCUUUCAACAAAUGGAGUUUUGUUUCAGCAGUUAAAAGUGAUAUACGUAUAAGGAGGCUAAUGUAUGAGGAUUAAGAGUUUUUCAUUGGUUAAUCAAAUCUAUUUUGGAUAAAGAUAAAGAUAGACUAUUAGUUCAUGUUUAGAACAUAACAGUAGAAGAUGUAUUUUCCUUUACAUCAGCUGCAGUUGGGAAAAUUCCCACUUUAAAUUAUUCUAUAACUAAAGAUUUAAGAGAGAAGAGCUUACCGGAAGACAUUACCAAGUUGCCACAAACUUGAGUAAAUUAAGUUCAGCAUCCACAAGUAAGUUCACUACCACCUGUACAUGUUUGUUCAACCAAAUAAAUGAAAGAAGUCUUGUUGAUUUUUAAUAGAUGAUUUUAGUCUAUUUGCUAUUAUGUGAACUUUGUGAGUUAUUUGCUGAGUUAUUUUAUUUGAUGUAUUAAGUUAUGAUUAUUAUCUGGCAUAGUCAAGAGUUUGUCAGUAUUUUUAUUUUCUUAUUUAAUGAUGUUUUUAUCCAAACGACACUAUAAAAAGAACUAAUACUUAAAGUGAAAGAUUAAGUGAUAUGUACUCGGGAACAAGUUCCCACAGAGUUACAGAGUUAUCAGUUUCAGAGAGUCUGAUAUGUUUAGUGGGUCGCUCCCCUGAGCUGUCGGAUUGGCGCCUUUGAGUACAUAUCACGGGCCCACAGAGUAAAAUUAGCCACAAAGAGUUAUACAGAAAUUUUUUUGAGAUCUCUUUCAGAAAGUUUACAGAAAGUUGUUUUUUGAGAUCUCUUUCAGAAAGUUUUACAGAGAUGUUUAGAGAAGAAAUUUUGAGAUCUCCCCAACAGUUUUGAAAAAUUAUUUUAGAAAAUAUUUUUCCUUUUGAGAUCUCCCUCAGAAUGUAAUUGAGAAGUUAUGUGUUAGUUAUUUGUUCAGUGCAUGCUUAUAGCUUAAAUUUAUCUAUUGAUAAAUUGGCAUAGACUUCUAGAUAUUUUUGUGGAUCCAUAGUGACUUACUAAGCGUAAAGCUUAUCAGUUUUCCUUCUUCGCAUGUACAGAUACUAAGGGUAAGGCCAAGGCAUAGGAAGAUGAUGAGGGAGUGGAACGUGUGCCGAAAUGAGUUAACGGGAACGACCUUGGCGGCUUCUAGCUAGUUAUUGUUUCAUUUCAAUAUUUCAGUAUUAUAAUAAAGAGAUUAUUAUUAAGUAUUUUAUUUGAGAAUUUGAAGUUUGAAUAAAUUCCUGGAUUCAGGUGGUUAUCACAUUUGCUGGUGAUAACUAUAUUUUAUUGAGUUUUUAUCAAGAGUUAUAUUUUAAUUAUAUAUGAGAAUUUAUCAGGGUUAUUUUCUUAAAUAGACGACCGUUAAUUGCAGUUAUUUUUUUAAAAGUAGUAAGUUAGUGUAAUGGUUCCUUUAACCCUGAGAGGGGCGUUACACCAACGACUCAUUAUUAUCGACCAAUCUGAAGCUAUGAGUGAACAAAUUAUGGUGGAAACUGAUGUUGGCAACCCUUCAAAGUCAGCCUUCAUUCCACAAUCAAAUUAGGGAUUGGAGAAGACACGUUAAGAUGGAUUGAUAGAGCGGUGGCGGCACGGUUAAAAUGGAGUCUGUAAAAGAGGCGAUUUAGGAAAUUGAUCGGAUAUGAAGAUGGACCGAAGCUAAGCUCGGAGGAGAUCGAUGAAGACAAAGGCGGACGCAGAGCCACAUCCUGAUUGUUUGGAUUUGGUUCGAUACGGUUGAGUUUAGACAUUUUUGAAAUCACUCUACAUAAUUGCAAUACUUUAUGGAGGAGCAUUUUCCCGCCCAAGACAUUUUGGCUUUUCAUUUUCGCAUUUUCGAUACUAUACUAUUCAUUUACGUUAUGUUUUACGGAGUAUUUUAUUUCCUCUCUCCUUCACCGUCGUCUUUCAUCGCUCUCCCUCACCCUCUUUCAUCGUUCCAACCUCUCAAUUCUCACUUCUCAAAUCAAAGAUCGCAGACACCUUCAUCUCUCAAAUAGAACAUGGCGCGAAGCUUCAUCUGAUCCAAGAUGCUGAAAUCGCAGAUGAAUCGGGAGCCAGCGAAGGCCUUCAUCGCAGACACCUUCAUCUCUCAAAUAGAACAUCGCGCGAAGCUUCAUCUGAUCCAAGAUGCUGAAAUCGCAGAUGAAUCGGGAGCCAGAGAAGGCCUUCAUCUCUCUUCCCCAUCCAAUCCUAAGAUGCUGAAAUGCCAGAUGAAUCAGGAGUCGACUUCGAAGGCACCAUGGUUGCAGUAAAGCUUCCCUUGGCUAAACUCACCAUGAAAGUUGAUAAGAGGAAAGCAAUUAUUGUGCGUGUGUUACGGAAGUGGGUCGUGCCUUAUUCAGAAACAGAUAAUGGCACCAAGUUUGUUGAGCUUUUACUUGAAGACGAUGAGGGUGAUAGAAUCCAGGCAACCGUCGAACAGCCACAUGUCCCUAUAUUUGAUGAUCAAAUAGAAGAAGGUGGUGUCUACGCGAUAAAUCUUUUCACUGUCCAAAGUAAUGUUGGGCCAUGGAGACCAUGCUCUCAUGCAUUUAGGCUCUACUUCACAGAGAAUACAAAGAUAAAGCAACGAGUGGGAGACAAAACAAAACAGUUUAAAAGUACCCCGUAUAAGCUUAAAAGCUUUUCUGAAAUCCAAAACAGUCCUGAAGAGAAAACACCGGAUUUGUUUGAUGUCAUUGGUGCAUAUGAUCCAAGAGAGCGGCCUUUCAGUAGUACCCAGGGCGAACAAAAAAAGAAAUGGUGCAACUUUUAUAUUCGUGACUUAGAGAAUAUGAAAAUGCAUUGCACUCUUUGGGAGAAUCAUGCGGAAACAUUCAUGAACUAUCUGAAAACACCCCGAACAGAGGCAGUGAUUGUUUUGCUCCAGCUGUGUCGUGUUAACACACGAUGGGGUGGUGGAACAAAGGGCAUUUCAAGUUCAUUUUAUGCGACUAAGAUGCUAAUUGAUGAGCAUAUCCCUGAAAUUGAAGAAUUUCGUGCGAGAUUUGCAGCCAUGAGAAAUCCAUCUUCACGGUCCAACAGUGAAACACUAUCGGGGAUAUCAUCUCAUGUUGAUGGAAUUGAGAUUGGUACUACAAAGAAACUUUCUGAAUUAGCUACAACUAAUGAGCAGAUCCGCGGAUGUUGGUUUUAUGCUAAAGUCAAGUCAAUCAUCAACAUAGACAAUUGGUCUUAUCUAAGUUGCUUCAAUCCAAAGUGCUAUAAGAAGGUGACCGGAAAGGAGGGGAAUGAGUUGAUUUGUAAAUGCGGCUUGCGUUCUUCGGAAGGAAUAUGGUGUUAUCUCUUGAAACUAAAGGUUGAGCAUAAGCUUUGUAGCGCCGAAGUAGUAUUUUGGGAUCGAGAAUGUAAGAGAUUGUUGGGGAAGGAUGCAUGUGAAUUCUCUGAUCAUCUUAACACGGAAACAUUUGGUCCUAAAAGUUGUCCUGAAGAGAUAAAACAGCUGAUUGGUAAGGAGUUUAUAUUUAAGAUAGAUCGUGAAGCUCCACCAUCUGUUCAUGGCAAAGUGUAUUACUUAGGGGGGUCAUCAGAUAAUAUGGACAAAAUAAGAGAGAUCAAAUCAUCUUUUGAUGAAAACUCGGAGUCAGAGGAAGAGGGGUACAAUUCUGAUUACGAUCUGGAUUUGCUGGAUGAUGAUGCUCCAACUCCAGUUGAAUCAAAUAUGACAGUUAUCUCCGAAGAAAUUGAGGACGUUAAGAGUACUCCACAAUCAUUGUCUAAGCGACCGUCUGAAGACGAGAUUGAUUGUGUUGAAGUUGGUGCAUCCACUCAAGGUUCAACUACUAAGAAGCUCAAAGCAGUCAAGAUAGAGAAGCCAUAAAUCAUUAUUCACCUUUGUUUUUUUGGUUUCACUUUUGGAUUAUGCAUUUUAAUGUUCUGAAUUCUUAUUUAUGUUUUCAUUAUUUUGUUUUAGAUUUAGACGUUUUCAUCAAAUCAUUUAGUUGAAUGUUUGUCUUGCUAUUCACAAUAAUAAAUAGUUUGCUUUGGAAGUAUUAUGUGGCUAUGGUUAGC